AUUUUAAUGUGAUGUUAUGAAUAUUAUGUAUGUUAAGAAUGAUACCUUAAAACGUCAAAACAAGUGGUUCCAAAGAUCAAACGGUAUCGGGUACGGUAAUUAGACGUGGUGCAUAAUCGAGUUAUUAUUAUCCAAAUAUUACCUAAUUUUGUAUACAACAGACGAUCAAAUAAACGUACAGUGUGUCCAGGUGCAACUGCCAGUGGCUGUUAUUGUUGUAUGGCGUAUUUGCACGUUAAAAGUAACAGAAAAUGUGGUACACACUAGAGGCCAAUGUCUGUGUGGUCAACCAGUAGUUUAGGUUUAGCAUCAAACAAGAAUACUGGAAAGGGCAAUCUCACAUGUGAUAGUACAUGGCAAUUGCUUCACCGACCACACGGCAACAAAUAUUCUAAGAGACGGAGUAUGAGCCAAAUGGGCGACGAACUGCACACACCACGUUACUUGUCAUGGCGCAAAUUACAAUUAAGCAGAGCAAAGCUGAAGGCAUCGAGCAAAACAUCAGCUUUGCUCUCCGGCUUUGCGAUGGUCGCUAUGGUGGAAGUACAGCUCCAAACGCCCACCACUAUUCCCUCUGCUAUGCUGGUAGCUUUUGCUGUAAUCACGACUCUUCUUGUGGCUGUACACAUGCUAGCUUUAAUGAUAAGCACAUGUAUCUUGCCCAACAUCGAGGCAAUUUGUAGUCUCGACGCCAUCAAUUUGGUGGAGGAAUCGCCACACGAAAAACUUCACUGGUACAUAGAGACCGCGUGGGCUUUUUCGACAUUGUUAGGUCUGUUGUUAUUUUUGGCGGAGAUUGCGAUUUUGUGUUGGGUGAAAUUCUUUGAUAUCAAUCAAACGGCUGCAUGGUCAGCCAGUAUAGUACUUGUUCCUGUUUUGUUUGUCUUUUUGGCGUUCGCGGUGCAUUUCUAUAGAUCUUUAGUUUCGCACAAGUAUGAGAUGACAGUGUCAGGUAUUAGGGAACUAGAACUUUUGAAGGAACAGAUUGAACAGGGCGAUGCUGAACGAACUAGGAAUAACGGUGUAGGUGAUCUGAUAUCGGGUGUGCAUAUUGUUUGAAAAGAAAAACGAUAUUUUUUCGUAAAAAUGAAACCAAAGUACAAAUUUGAGGAUAUACAAUUUUUCGAAAUUUUCACUUGUAUCACUCUAAAAAAGGAAAAAACGACUAAGGUAGUAGAAAAUGUUUGUUCCAAUAAAUUAACCAACAAAUUUUUGUCGGGGUAGAUUGGAAAUCUUCCAAAUAUACCCAGCCAUUCGUAUUACUAGCUGGUGUUUCCCAGGGAGGUCCUACCAACUGAAACUCCUCUACCUGAAGCCUUUAUAGACCGUUUGCUUAGGCCCUUUUCAGCCAAUAAAAAGAUGUAAUUUGAGCCGCUCAAUAACAAGAAUCUGACCAUACGGCUAGUAGCGACCAUGUUUAUCCUUUAGGGUAGCUGGUGCGUUUAUGCAAUAUAUGUGAAAUAUAAUAAGACAUUUACUUAAAAGUAGUUUAUUAAAGAAUGACUACAUAAAUCGAAAAAUAAACUUGACAAGUUACUAAUGUAGUAUGUGCUUGUUGAGUUUUGCUACCUAAAGAAGACUUUUUAUUAUUUUUAAUAGAUUUUUUGAGAAUAUAUUUCAACGAAAUAUGACAAGUCUCUUCAUUAAAAUUGUAUCUAAUUAUGGCAGGUUUUUACAGGAGAAAAAUCGAUAUUUUUCACAAAUAGUUUGAACUAUUGUUUCUAAAUUAUAAUUCAAUGGCAAUAAUCUGUUAAAGGUCGUUCUGAAUAUUUGUUUCAUUUGAAUAAAAAGUUCAAAUAUCUCCAAAAUCUAAUAAAAAUUCUCUUUCAUCUUCUAAAUAUUUGGAUGAGAAAACGUUUCUGAGGUAUUGAGAAAUUGUAAUCAGUUACCGAUAUUACUUGCGCAUGUUUGAUCCUAAAUUGUUUGAGUUGAUAUGCAAACACCACUUUGUCUAGGUUUCCAAACAUUUUUGUAACUAUAUACAAGUUCUUCCCCCCUAUCAGUUACCGUGAGCU